AUGGCGAGCGUCUUCCACAAUCUGCUAUCUCAACCGCAAUUUGAUAGCUUGGAUUUUGCAGACGUCAGAUGUCUGACAGAACGUGAGAAAGCGGACAUAGUUGAGUGUCUAGAUGCCGCACUAUUAUCCUUUCUCUCUGAAAUAAACUUUUCUCACAGAUUUUGCCAAAAUGAUUCCAAGCUUCGUGACGAUCUGUGGUCCUGGAGCAGGGAAAAUUUAAGUGGUGUCUGCAUUUGCGAAGAUGAAAUUUUGAAGGGAAUACUUGAUGAAGCUGCGGCUAUUGUCGAGUAUUACUAUCCACAUGCUCAUCAUGACACUCGGCUACAGAUGGCUAUAAGUAUGGCGGCAGGGCUCACUGCUGAUGACGGCGUCACCCCUGCAGCUUCCAGGGAGGCAUUUGCAAAAUUCCACUAUGACUUAUGGUGCGGAAUGCCUGAUUCAGGAAAGGAUGAAUGGUCAAAAAUGUACCUCAAUGUCAUUAGAAAUUUCGCUCGGCAUUUUGGAGCCAGUGAUCCCCGGAUGGGAACCAUUGGCGCCAACGGAUUGGCUGGCUUCGCAGAGGCAACAUUUAUGGAAGACAGUCUGGCCAUGGCCCUGCCACCGCAUUUCUCUCAAGCUCAACCUGGGAUGGAUGACCAUGGUUGCUGCCCAGAUGGAUUUGCUUACUUUUUUAGAAGCCUUUCUGGAGUCACUGGUCCUCUUAUGUUGGGCAUGUUUAAGCCGGGGAGAGACUUGGAAGUCCCACUUGAAUAUUGGAUUACAAGCAUCGUGCCUCUUACGACGUUUAUUAAUCUGAUCAACGACCUACUCUCGUUCCCCAAGGAGAUGUUGGCCGGCGAGGCCCACAACUAUAUGUCUCUUCAGACGCAGGCCAAGCGCCAGGGCUGUCAACUUUCUGCAUUUGCCCAAGAGGAUGACUGUGAUGCACGAUGGACGUUUCGAGACACAAUAUGUGAGACUAUGGAUCUGUUGUGUGACGCCAUUCGCUCUCUGGAUAGAGCUUUUAUCCAGUUCCAUGGUGUCUGUUUAAAUCAUGGCAACGACGAUCAAUGGAGUAGUGAGCUGGCCAGUCAGGUGUGGAAGGCAUUUAGAAAUGGAAUCAUCUCUUGGCAUAUUAACCGCCCAAGAUAUGGACUUGGUACUCUGAGACGCAUCUUCACCAAGGAGAUAUUAAUCACCGAGUAG